GCAAAUCAGAUAUAGCAUUAUAUACCUGCAGAAUGUUUCUACAGGCUCUGUGCACUUCAUUGCUUUGGGGAGCGGUGCUCUCAGACACAACCGUCACAAUCUACAACGAGUGGCUUGCCCAGGAUGGACGUGUCAAUUAUGAGGUUGAACGAUGGAACAACGUUAAUGGACUCAGCAAAAUCAACCUAAUUCCAAAUAUGAAAUCUAUCGGAGCGGUUCCUGGGCGUUGGGUGAACAGAGACCGGAGAGAAGAUCUCUUUAUAAAAUGGCCUCAAAACCCAAGUCGCCAUGGGUAUCCAGACCCCAAGUAUCUCCAGGACCAAGCACUCCAGAGGAAGACAUUUCUAACAUAUCAGCGACAGCUCGACGCCUAUGGAAAAGACAUCGACAACUUGGUCUGGGAAAUAGAAGGUAUGUUCUGGCCCACCUGGAUGGAUAAGUCUCAACAUCAAGGUAAAUUUCCAAAUAACGUCGACGCUGCAUCAGAGAUGGUGUCACUGAUGGUUCAGAGCUGCAAGGACUACACAGGAGGACGCCUUCCCGCUAUUUUUGAAGUCGUCAAUGAACCCGAUUGGGACGAACCGUAUCUUGACCAACAAACGAAUAUAGACUUCCACAAGGCGGUCGCCGACAAACUGAAAUCAAGAUUUGGAAUGAAAGUUGCCGGACCAUCGUACACCAGCAUGGCUUUACGACAAUCAGAUGUAAAUACCUUCUGGAAGAGAACUUCAAAGUUUCUGGACAUGUCUCUUGAUCACUUGGACUAUUUCUCGUUCCAUUCCUACAACCAUCUGCAUGAUGUAUCAGGUCACAGCUAUGCUGGCAUCAAUGAAGCUCGUCUGUUUGGUUCUCUUGACAUGGUGGAGAAUUAUUCCCAUAUCAAGAAAGGCAAAAAAGUUGAGUUAGUAAACACCGAAUUUGGAUUAGGUUUAAAUAGCUUACAAAUGGGGCCCAAUUUUGAGAAUGCAAUGACUGACUUUCAGACAAUAUAUCAAUCAAACGGUUUCAUGUUUUCUUUCCUUAACUUGAGAGAGUUUAUGAACACAGCCACCACGUUUCUUCUUUCAAAUGAACAAUACCCAGGUCACACUUCCCUUCGGAAUUCCUUAUUUACACAAGACGGCCAUCCUCUUACGUUGUCGAAAUUCUACACAUUUUGGAAAAACUUUAUUAACGAUCAAAAGUUUCUCCGGGUCUCUAGUCAGUACAAUGGGCAGGAGAAAACAGUUUCACCUCUUGCCCUUGCAAACCCCCACACCAAAGAGAUGGUAGUUCUUCUCCACAACUUUGGUAGUAAAUCUGAGAAUGUGAAACUGGAUUUUCCCAGCAACUGGAUCAAUCCUUCUUCAGGUCAACAGACAUGUAUUCAGUUCGAAAAUGGUAAGACAGCUGUACAUCUCAAUACCAAUUUUGACAGGUCAAAACUUCAUGGUAGUGUUAGUCUUCCUGCAACAUCAACCUGCUUCUACAAAUUUAAAACCAACUUCAACUUUGCUGGACUACACACAGAUAACCAAAUCACAUACUACGGCAAGGGUAUGCUCAUCCCCAUUAGCAACGGACAUGCGCAGACGACCAUCAGUGUACCGAGCUCUGGUUACCAUGAGGCUCGUCUUAGAGUUGGAAUUAGCCGAGCCAAGAAUGCCGAUACAAAACCUAAGGCAGUUACGUUCAAUGGCCGUGCAUUGUCUUCAAGUUACAUGCUGUUUGACUCUAUGAAGGUUGAGGGGAAAACAAAAUGGAACGUGUGGGAAUUCAUCGUCCCUGAAUCACAAGUCCACACAACCAACACCAUCAGUAUGACCUUUGAUGGGAACGGUGGUCAGGUAACAUCCGUUGCACUCAUUGCUGGAAAACUCGGUAAAUAAAGUAUAUUGUUUAAUACUU